AUACUUAACCAAUGCAGGUGUCACAAUAUCAGGGCUUCCAGGGCUUCCUAGUAAGGCGAAGCCCGGUUCAAGAUGGAGAACUUCAGGAGAGGCGUGGAGUUUGGGACGGCCUCCUUCCAGAGAUGCCACUCCAUGUCCUGUCAAAUGGCAGAGAGCACACAGAUCGAUCCGCACAAGCCGGGCGCCCGUCGCAAGGAUAAAUCGUCAUCACGGCGUCCGAAAUGCGAAGAGAUGGCGGUGAUCCCUGAGCAGGCGAUGGAGUUCCUUUCUCGGACAUGGAACCCCUCCUCCUCGGAUCUAUUCCAAAUACUCUCCCCCAGUUGUCUGGGAGCACCACCAGAAGGCCACCAGGAUCAAGGCGAGACGAAGGAAGAGAAAGACGAAGACAAAGACCUCGACGCGGUUCAAUUCGACGGAGGCAAAGGCCAAUUGUUCAAUCAGAUUCAGACAUGGAGAGUUCUAGCCAGUGGGAAGACUAGCUCCAAGAAGGGCAAGCAUGGACUCAACCAACCUACUUGGCUGAACGUCGGACAAAUGAGGUCGGUCCUGCGAAGCUAUUUCCUGGACAACGUCUCCGUCAGCGGUAGCCGGAGGCGCCGGCGCCGCGACGAGCUCCGUCUGCACUCGGCGCAGGCGCACGCGGCUGUGUCAGUGGCCCAGCUGGCCGCGGCAAUCGCCGGCGUCGUCUCUGCAUGCGAGCUGCGGAGGGGCGACGGAGACAGCAGCAAACUGGGCGCGGUGCUGGCCUCUGCGGCCGCGCUGGUGGCCACCGUCUGCGCGGAGGCCGCGGAGUCCGCCGGCGCUAACAAGCCGCGCGUGACCUCCGCCGUGAAGACCGGGCUCGAGAGCCGCUCCACAGGCGAGCUUCUCACGCUGACCGCCGCAGCCGCGACGUGCCUCAGGGGAGCCGCCGCGCUGAAGCUCAGGGCCGCAGAUGCCAGGGGAAUCAGCACCGGCGGCGGUGGUGCCAAUGGCAACGGUAACGGCAACGCCCACGCCAUGGCCAUGAGCAUCAGCGCCAGCAUCCAGAAAGGCAUCACCCUCAGGGUCUGCCUGCCAUGUGGGAAGGUGCGGGUGAGGACGGUGUCCGUCUUACCCCGGCGCGGCGGCGGCGGCGGCACGCUGGCGCUGAGGCUGGGGAAGAAGCGGCUGCGCGGCGCCUUCGUCACCUACGAAGACCACGAGGUCCUCGCGGUGUCGCCGGGCGGCGAGGCGGUGGUCGACGGCAGGAGGUGCUUCGCGGUGGCCCUCAGCACGUCGGCCGGGACAGUGCAGCUGCUGCUGGAGGACCAGACGCACUGCAAGAUCUGGAAGGCCGCCAUCGAAGGCAUGCUAUCCGAAGCGAGGCUCAAGCACGCAAAGUAAUUUGUAGAGUAUAUAUAUAUGUGGGUUCUGCAGUUGCCAAUGUAUAUGUAAAAAAAUUAAGAGUACGAUCAAUAAAAAUCUACACUCCUGAGUGAA